AUGCCCACGCCCACUGCCCAAACCGUGCAGAAGCUGUACCCAGAUCUCCCGCCCCCAUACAACCCGCCACAGUCAGAUAUGAAAGUGAAACAGAUGCCAGUGUUUAGUGUAAACGGAGGUACUCUAAACUUAGACCAGAUACAGGAAGGGGCAACAGGGGGAGAACAGUCUGAGGAUGAGGACAGAGAACAACAGAGUAGGAUGAAAAAUGAACAAAAGGAGGACAGGCAUUAUGAAGUAAUGAGCCAAUGUUCUGCCAUCCAAAUGGAGGUAAAAGAUCUGUUGGAACAACUUAUUGCUGAAGAACAAAAAACCAGGAAACGAGGUAAUAGACAUGAUGAGAGCAGCCGCAUUCGCUCAGUGACAAGUCCAGUUGUGGAAACCGAUGAAAGUGAUAAUGAUAGCCAGGCCUGUUCAGAUGGAAGAACAAAACCUAGAAAGAAAGUAGAUGAAUAUAAGUCAGGACUACAAGUCAGACUAGAUGGAAAACUAACCUUGAAGGAGGAUGAGGAAAGAAAGGACGGAUAUGAGGAUAAUAGUGAAGGGGACAUGGAAGAGGAUGAGUGGCCAGUUACCUCCACACCUCAGACACAGUGGCCUAGACGAAGCAAAAGGUUGACAGAUAAGGCCCCUAAACCAACACUUGCUACUAUGGGAAGGGUGUGCAACAUGCCCCUACUGGCAGGACCAACUGGUAGAAACUAUCAGCCAUGGUCACUAACAGACCUUGAGACCCUAGUAAAAAAACUACCGGCCAUAACAGAGGGUGGUGGUAGAUGGGUGAAUAAGUUAUUUGCCCUGUCUCAUGGCCAGGUUCUGUCAGUGGGAGACCUAAGACAAAUAAUGAGUAGAGUACUAUCAGGCCACCAGAUUGUAGACGUAGAAUGUAUGGCUGGCACCACAAGUUUGGGAAACAGUGCCCCAUUGGUGCAAGGAGGGGGUCAGUCACCUCUGUGUCAGGCUAUAAGGGACAAGUUUCCCACCCCCGAUACCAUGUUUGAGAAUUUGAAAUUUAAACACAAGGAUGGGGAAAAUGGUGCAGCCUAUAUAAAUAGAUGCUGCCAAGAAUGGGAAGAGGCAUGUGAUGAGAACCCAAUGUCUAACCCUGUGACAAAUAGAAUUUUCAGGGCUGCUGUACUACAGGGAGCUCCAGCUGGUGUGACCCAAGCCAUGGAACAAUCUCCUGAGGUACCAGGCAGUGACGAUACUAAAUGGAAAAGGUAUGCAGUACACUUCAUAGACAAAGCAGUCGACAGAGCAGACAAAGAGGGGGGUGAACUUCUAAAGUUGCAAAAGGAACUGUUAAAGUUACAAUUAGAGAAAGAAAAAACAGCAAAGGAAUGGAAAGCGUGGGUAUACACACUAGACAUUUUUACUCCACCACCUGAUGAUUUACACUGCACACUGUUUUAUGACAGGCAGGAAGAUCACGUGUAUCAGGAGGCCUUCGUAGGUAUUGAAGGAUCGCAGUGGAGCUUAAAAAGCACAGGUCUGUUGAUAGGAAAGGAAGGUGUGGUGGCUCCAAUCUGCUUAACAGAGGAACAAGAAACAUGGUACAAAAUGAGACAGACUGCUGCCCCACACAUAUCACUGGCAUUGCACCCAACACAUGAGGCUAGGGAGCUAGGCUCAAUGACAAAGAGACUACUAACGGUCACUGACUGGGAGCCCACAGACAACACACAGUUGUAUUACUCCCCAUCAGCAGACAGUUACAAAGUAGUGAGGGAAACCCUCGACCUGGGCACUCUGGAACAUAAAUGGAUUUCCAGGUGUCAUGGCAGAGAUAAAUCUGAUGGGGAGGGGGCAGAGGAAUUGAUUAACUCCAUGCCACAAGAAUUAUGGUCAACAGGGCCAACUGAUGUGGGAUACUGUGACAUAACACCUGUCACUUUUGACAUCUCUGAUGGCCAACCAACAUGGGUCCCACAGUACAGAAACAGGCCUGAAGCCGUAGCUGGCAUCAAGCCAACGAUUGAGGGCCUACUUAGUUCUGGAGUUUUGACUCCCCACCAGUCACAAUGGAACACACCUAUAUUUCCAGUGCCUAAACAGGGAGGCAAGUAUAGGAUGGUACAUGACCUCAGAGAAAUUAACAGUAGAGUUACUACCCCAAUAGUUGCUGUCCCUAACCCAUAUACUGCCCUUUCCAUGGUAAAUGUAUCUCACCAAUGGUUCUCCUGCAUAGACAUGGCAAAUGCAUUUUUCUGCAUACCAGUUUCAGAUGAAUGUAAAGAUUAUUUGGCCUUCACUUUUCAAGGAACCCAAUAUUCUUACAAUAGACUGCCACAGGGGUUCAUCUUGAGCCCGGGCAUUUUUAAUCAGGUUUUGAAACAACAAUUACAGGACUGUCAGUUACCAGAGGGAGUGGUGACAGUGAUGUAUGUUGAUGAUAUCUUGAUAGCUGCACCUUCGCCAGAGUCAUGUUUAAAGGCCACUGAGACUGUCUUGAGGAGACUAUGGGAGGCAGGGUUGAAAGUCAGCAGAGACAAGUUACAGGUUUGUAGACAAACGGCUACCUUUUUAGGAAGAGUGGUAGGAGUAAGUGGAAAGGGGGUAUCACCAACACAUAAAAAGGACAUACUAACAUACCCAAAGCCACUCACUGUGAAAGAUAUGCUUUCUUUCCUAGGUCUAACAGGGUUUAGUAGACAUUUCGUCCCACAAUAUGUAGCUCUGACUAGUCCUCUAAGGGGCCUGGUUAAACAAUGUGGUAUGAGAAACUUGAUGACAAAAUUGGAUUGGACAAUGGAGGCUGAGGAAGCAUUCCAGAAAAUAAAAGCAGAAUUGGCUCACUGUAGUAACUUAUGUACUCCAGACUAUAAAGUGCCAUUUCAAUUAGACGUGUCAGAAACAAUCACAAGCGCGCAUGGGGUUUUGUAUCAACGACAAUCAGGUAACAGGAGAAUUUUGUUGUACGUCAGUGUACUUCUAGACCAGGUAGAAGCUAGACAACCACCAUGUGCCAGAUUUGCUGCAGGUCUAGCUAAGGUAAUAGAGAAAACAUCGCACAUCGUCAUGGGCCAUCAGUUGUUGAUCUGGACCUCUCACUCAGUGGUCAGUUUUGUUAACUCAAGUUCAUUCACCUUCUCUGCCCUACGGCAGAGAAGAAUGCUAAAAAUUUUGACAGCUGCAAAUAUAACCUACAGCCACAAUGGGAUCAACAUGGCUGACCUUAUGACUGAUGGGGACCAUCAUGAUUGUGCACCAUUGACAGAUAGAUUAUCGGUAGCUAGGGAGGGUCUGACAGCCUCCCCACUUCCUGAAACAGACAACCCAAUAACACUAUUUACGGAUGGUAGUUGCCACAGGGCAGAUGAUGGAACUCUGAAAGCAGGAUUUGCUGUGGUUCAAUUACAGGGCGACCAAUUUGUCACAAUACAAGCUGAACCCCUAAUUGGCAAACAAUCUGCACAAAAAGCAGAACUAUUGGCCCUAAUCAAUGCAUUGAGACAUUCAAAAGGACAGGCUGUCAACAUCUACUCUGAUUCUGCAUAUGCAGUAUCCACAGCCCACGUGGAGCUGCCUGUGUGGAUUAGAUGUGGAUUCACAACUUCUUCUGGCCGGCCUAUUACUCAUGAGAAAGAAGCAAGAGAGCUCUCUGUAGCCAUAAUGUUGCCAGACAAAGUGGCUAUUAUCAAGUGCACUGGUCAUUCCCAAGGAACUGACCUAAUAUCAAGAGGGAAUGAUGCAGCAGACUUGGCGGCAAAACGUGCCUCAGACUACAUAAAAGGUCAGUUUGUGGUCACUUCUGAGCCAGACGUGACAUCCCUCCUACCAGAAUUCUCAAGAGAAUUCUUAUCUGAGCAGCAAGACAUGGCUGCUCCUGAAGAAAAGUCUGUGUGGAAAAAUAAAGGGGCAAUCAGACACGAGGAUGGGCUUUGGACAGCACCUGAUGGUAGAGCUUUGCUCCCAGCGUCACUAGUCCCAAGCGUGUUGAAAGAAGCCCACACACAUGCACAUUGUAGUGAUAAGCAAAUGUCACGAGCAUUGCAAUCAUGGUGGCAUCCUUUUAUGCCACACCUAAUUUCUGGGUACAUAACGACAUGUGACAUCUGUCAGAUGCACAAUGUCAAACCAACUAUAAAACCAUCUCAGGGAUCGUUCCCAUUGGCAAAUGGCCCUGGGGAUGAAGUUAUAAUUGAUUUCACUGACAUGAUUGAAAAGGUAAAUGGUAAACGAUACUUGCUUGUUAUGAUUGAUGCAUAUACUGGAUGGCCAGAGGCCUUCUCGGUGGGCAAGGAAGACAGCACUGCUGUCAUUAAAUGUCUGAUAAACCAUUACAUCCCACGUCAUGGUUUUCCGAGCCGGGUCAGAUCUGACAACGGCUCACACUUUAAAAAUGAACAUCUGGCUGAUGUGGAAAAGGCAUUGGGUUUAGUACACCAUUUCGGGGCAGUCUAUCACCCACAGUCACAAGGUAAGGUUGAGCGGUUGAAUCUAACAUUAAAAAACAAAUUGGCUAAAAUCUGUGCACAGACUAAAUUGACAUGGUUGGCUGCUCUUCCACUGGCCUUGAUGUCAGUAAGGAGCUCUGUGAGUAGGGCAACAGGAUACACGCCCUUUAAACUGUUGACUGGUCGCCAAUUUCCUGGCCCACUGACCCCACUACAAUUGGAACCAGUACAACCGUUAUCACACAAAAUUUACUAUGACAAAUUGACUGCUCUAAUUGAAUCUUUUGACAAAAUGUUACCAACUGAUUUUAGGGGACACGAAUAUCCAGCACCCCUACCUGACCGAACUUGGGACUGGGUGAGAUUGAGAAUCUACAGGCGUAAAUGGAAAGAGCCUCGCUGGUCUGCUCCAAUUAAGUGCUGUCCGGCGGACCCACCGUCCAGAUCAUUGGACGACACCAGAGUGGACCUUGCUUCGCAGGUCCAAGAGAGGGAGGAUACCACAGGAGGUGCAGGAGGGAGUAAGGGUACCACAAUUCCUAUCGACACCCCCUCACCCUCCUCAUCGCCCGCAGACUGCCUAUUGAUCCCCCUGACCACCUAUUCACCACCCUCCUCUUCCUCACUGUCCGCUGAGAGCCUAUUGAUCCCCCUGACUGCCUAUUCUUCACCUUCCUCUUCCUCACUGCCCGCAGAGUGCCUAUUGGUCCCCCUGACUGCCUAUUGUCCAAAAAGUGCCUAUUGA